AUGGAUACCAACGACCCUUACGGCCAGGGAGCCUAUAGAGCCUUAUGGGGAACCGCAACCUGCACGGACCAAUUGCCAUUUACUACCACGGUAUCUCCCUUCCCAGUUGCGUCAUCGGAGCUUGUUUCCCCCCCGAUCUACGAUCCAGGCCAACAAGACAGGCAUGGAAGUUUACCCGCAGAUUUUAUGUGGGGAGUUGCAGGUAGUGCCUGGCAGUAUGAUGGGGGCCUAAUGGAUCAAGGCCGCGGACCAUCGUCCGCGGACAGCUUGGGUCUUGCAGCUGGAGGAAAUGAUUCGAUCGUUGCCGAUAUGCAUUACUAUCUCUAUAAGCAAGACAUCCUUCGACUGGCCGCAAUUGGGAUCCUAUAUUACUUCUUUUCAAUCGCCUGGUCCCGUGUCGUGCCUUUCGGGGUUGCUGGAUCUCCAAUCAACAUGCAAGCUCUCGACCAUUAUGAAGAUAUAAUUAACUUCUGCAUCGAGAACGGAAUUGUUCCAGUCGUGACCUUGACGCAUAUUGUUACCCCUGCUACAUUAGUCACCGGAGAGAAAGCUCUGAUUGGAUAUCAGCAUACCGAUCGGGUGCCAGUAUGGAUUACAUUUAACGAACCUAACAUUAUGACGGAUACAUUUCACGGAUAUCAUAAUGUGCUUAUGGCCCAUGCAAGAGUUUGGCACUUCUAUCAUGAGGAACUCAGCGCUACGGGGAAAAUUUCAAUGAAGAUAUUCAACAACUUCGCUUUCUCACUCAGAUUCAGCAAUCCUGACGAUCUUGUUGCAGCUCAAUGGAGUAAUGAGUUCUCUUUGGGCAUCCUUCUCAACCCCAUGGUCCGGGGAGUGGACUAUCCAGAGUCUGUCAAAAACACCACUGGAGCGAAUGUCACCCAACUGAAGACCAAAGAUCUCUCUUAUCUUAAUGAGACGGUCGAUUUCCUGGCAAUCGACGCAUACAGCCAGAUAUUUACCACUCCGCCCGAUGGUGGGAUUGAAGCAUACUACGAUGCCAACGGCUGGCUCAUCGGGUCCCCCUCCACGGUGUAUAAGUACACUACACCCACUUACGUUCGGCCAGCACUGAAAUACUACGACGACGUCUACCACACCUCUGGAGGGACUGUCAUCACUGAAUUUGGCUGGAAUGCACUUUUGGAAGCAAAUAUGACACCAGAUGAAGCACGCUAUGACGACCUACGCUCUCAGUACUACACAUAUUAUAUUGCAAACAUGGUGAAAUCUAUAGAUGAAGACGGAGUCCCUAUCGUUGGUGCUUUCGCGUGGUCUUUAAUUGACAACAAUGAGUGGGGAACUUAUGCCCAGCGCUACGACAUGCAAACCGUUGACCGGAAUACCCAGUUAUGGAGAUUCAAGAGAAGUAUGUUUGAUUAUGUUGAUGCAUUCCAAAAGUUAGUCAAAGGUCAUAGAUGA